CAGGAGCGAGGACCAGCAGAGCUUAGAAAGACAACCCUCACAGUCUGUAUCCACUCCUGGCUUCACUGACUGCUGCCCCUGUAAUAAACCCCCCAGAAACUGAAUACCUCAAUAAAUAAAAAGGGAUCUCCGAAGAGGUGAGAUGAACCUUGAAGAGUAUUUUGCAAGAACUGGCUAUAAAGGCUCCACUGAAAAACAAGAUUUGGAAACCUUAACCGAUAUAUUCCAGCAUCACAUCCGUGCUGUUCCCUUCGAAAACCUCAGCAUCCACUGCGGGGAGAAAAUUACUUUGGAGUUGGAGCACGUUUACAACAAGAUUGUGAGGAGGAAGAGGGGUGGAUGGUGCAUGGAAAACAACCAGCUGCUGGGCUGGGUGCUGAAGGGCCUGGGCUAUGACACCAGCUUCCUGGGAGCCUAUGUGUUCAACCCCCAGCAGAACGCCUACGCCACCCUCAUGACCCACCUGGUGGUAAAGGUGGUCAUCAAUGGCAAAGCCUACAUCGUUGAUGGAGGCUUUGGGGUGUCCUACCAGAUGUGGCAGCCCAUGGAGCUCGUGUCAGGGAAAGACCAGCCCCAGGCUCCCGGCGUGUUCCGCUUCACGGAGAAAAACGGCGUCUGGUACCUGGAGAAAAUGAGACGGAAACAAUACAUCCCCAACCAGAGCUUCUCCAACUCUGACCUGCUGGAGAAGAAGGAGUGUCGCAAGGUUUAUAUGUUCAGCCUGGAGCCACGGACAGUGGAAGAUUUCCGUUUCCAGUGCACAUACCUCCAGACCUCUCCAGAUUCCCUCUUCACAAAGAAGUCCAUCUGUACCCUGCAGACCACCGAGGGAUUCCGGGCGCUGAUUGGGUGGACGCUCACUGAGACCACGUACAACUACAAGGAAAACAUGGAUCUGGUGGAAUUUGUAACUCUUGAAGAUGAAGAGGUGGAAAAAACCCUCAAAGAGAAAUUUAACGUCACCCUAGAGAGAAAACUUGUCCCUAUUAAUGUUAAAGGGUCUUACACAAUCUAGAUGGCCAGGAAAACCUACAGUAAUGCUAUGUGGGUACAGCAGCUUCCACUGUCUGUGCAGUCUCUACUGCAAGGUUAUGGGAUUCUUUUGCAGGUGACUGAAGGAUAUAUACAUUAGUAUGAGAUUAAUGUGAAUUUCACUUUGGGAAAAAUCAGGGAUUUAAGACUCUUGAGUCAGUUAGGUAAAAUUAUUUGCUGGGAGAUGACUGCCGUUCAAUUUUUGGCACAAAUGUAGGAUUUGAUUUGAAUCUGGUUAUAAGCUUGGGUAAGAAAUAUGUCUGGGGAAUUUUGGACUGCCUGUAGCACAUGAGUAUGGAUUAUUAAUUGUGAUAUGCUGCCAACACAUUUUCUAAGGUUAUUAUAGGGAGACAAGUAAUCUGUGAGCAUUUAGACAAGAAAGCACACAUUUAAAACUUCAUUUUUCACAAGAUCAAACCAUUCACAGCUCAUCUCAUCCCUCUACCUUUAAUAUGAGUAAAACAUUGUCAUCUUGGAAAAGAGCAUUAGGAGGCAUAAUUCUUUCACCAUCAUCCUUAGACAAACCAUAGUACAAAAUGAAAAUCGUCAUCAUGUGCAUCCCUCUGGCCAUUACUGCAGGAAACUGCCCCAAGUAAUUUUUGGUAUGUACUGUUCUUCUGGUGAUGAAAAUUCUAUAUAUUGCA